AUGUUCCAAGCGAAUUCCAGAAAAAACCUCGCCACCUACAACACCGGGAUCAAGUGCAACUGUCUUAAGUCACGAACCUGCUCGAAUCCGAUUUGCAAGAAAAAGCAGAUUUUUAUCGACGACCUGUUGGACGACGGCUUUUAUAUUGUUUGCGAUCUCGCUCGAGCUGCAAAAUCAAAACCUCCAGCAAUUGUGGAAGCUCUGAUGCACGAAUUCCGACCGGCCAAGCACACAUCUGGCGAGGAAAUUAGUAGCGAUGAGGACGAGUUUGCUGUACCCCGAGAAAUGGAUCCCUGGCUCGCCGCGAAAGUGGAAGAUUUCUACCGACUCCAGAAACGAAAAGCUGCAAAAGAAUAA